ACCGUGAUAAACGAUAAGUCUUUAAUCACACAUCAACACAUCCUGUAGGUAGAAGAGUCUCUUAUCAGAAAUACAGCAUCUCAUUUCCGAGUGCAAUUCCCUUCUGCAUUUACUGGGUCACAUGUAGAGUCAAUCAUCCCUGCCAGCCAAUCACAGAUCGUCUUGCGGUCUCACCCUUAUCUUUUUAUUUACACAAAGUGGGUGGGACAAUCAGGCCCUUAACCGAGAUUUGCGCUUUUAAUUGGCCCGGCCUUACAGCGUCUCGGCUGCCGAUUGGUCAGAGUUCUUGUGGAAGUAAAACGGGCUGGGCUUCGUUAAAAUAUGAAUUCCGUUGUAUGUUGUUUGGCAGUCGGGUGACGCGUGACGGGAGACCUUCAGCUCAGUGGCCGUUGAUGGACCAUCCCUAUGAAGAAACAGGGUUACAAUGGGACAGAGCACCUCGGAACAAGAGGUCCAAGGAGACACCCUCGAGGACGGGUUUGAUGCCAUCAAGCCAUUGGUGGAGGAGGAACUACAGACGAGCAUGAUGGUGGGGAUGGUGAUUGGUGCAGGCAUCGCCAUAGUUCUCAUCGCCAUCCUUAUCUUCUUCAUCCUGCGGAGGAUCCAGCUUCGAAAUAUAGAAGCUCAGGAGGCACCCAAAUAUCGCUUCCGCAAGAGGGACAAAGUAAUGUUCUACGGGCGAAAGAUCAUGCGUAAAGUCUCCCAGUCUACCUCUUCCCUGGUGGGUACAUCCUCUUCCUCACGGCCACGGCUCAAGAAGAAGCAGAAGAUGCUCAACAUUGCCAAAAAGAUCCUGCGCUUUAAGAAGGAGGUGCCCAUCCUUCAGGCUAAGGAACCUCCUCCCUCAGUGCUGGAAGCAGAUCUCACAGAAUUCGAUGUGGCCAACUCCCACCUCCCCUCCGAGGUGCUCUACAUGCUCAAAAAUGUCCGUGUGCUGGGUCACUUUGAGAAGCCCCUCUUCCUGGAGCUUUGUAAACACAUGGUGUUUCUGCAGUUCCAACAAGGGGAGUAUGUCUUCAGGCCAGGCCAGCCUGACAGCAGUAUUUACGUGGUGCAGGAUGGAAAACUAGAAUUGUGCCUUACUGGAACGGAUGGCAAAGAAAGUGUGGUGAAGGAGGUUUUCCCAGGUGACAGCGUCCACAGCCUCCUCAGCAUCCUGGAUGUCAUCACAGGCCACCAGAAGCCUUACAGAACGGUGUCAGCACGGGUUGCAGAGGUAUCCACUGUUCUACGUUUACCUGUAGAGGCCUUCCUCUCGAUAUUUGAGAAGUACCCCGAGAGCCUCGUGCGAGUAGUACAGAUCAUCAUGGUUCGUCUCCAAAGAGUAACAGUCUUAGCCCUGCACAACUAUCUGGGACUCACCAAUGAGCUCUUCAGCCAUGAAAUGCAGCCCUCGCGUCUGCCACCUCCGUCACCCCACCCGACUCGCACCAGUCCCAUCCGCCACGGUAAACGCUUUGGCAGCCUGACUGUGACUGAGGAGCAUCGGGAAGCUGCCAUUAAGGGUGAAGCCACAGGGGGAGAACCAGGGAAGGAUGGGGCAACAGUGCCAACUCUUAGCAGGACCAUCUCCAUGCCUGUGGACAUCGCUGGUAUGCAGAAAAGUUUAAGAUCAGACUUUGACAUGGCGUACGAAAGGGGACGGAUCUCUGUCUCUGCAGAGGACGGCAACACUCCUCCCACAUUUACUCGGUCUGUCUCCCAGGACCAGCGGGAGAGGAAGGUGACAGUAGAUGAAGUUCCCUCAGGGAUUUACCUGUAUCCAGAAGAAGAGUCGGGAGUGGACAAUAUCUUCACGCCUGUAUCCAAUCGAUCCAAUGCUGCUCUGUUUGAGGAAGCUCAGAAAGAAAUCCUUAAACUCAUGAAGAUUGAGGACCCAUCUUUGUUAAAUGGGAGAGCGACUCUGCACCACGCCAAAGCUGGAGCCGUCUUAGCCCGACAGGGAGACCAGGACGUGAGUCUGCACUUUGUCCUGUCUGGUUGUCUGCACGUCUACCAGCGCAUGAUCAACAAGCAGGAAGCCGUUUGCUUGUUUGUGACCCACCCAGGGGAGAUGGUGGGCCAACUCGCCGUGCUCACCGGGGAACCCCUCAUCUUCACCAUCAAGGCCGUCCGAGACUGUACUUACCUCAAGAUCUCAAAGUCGGAUUUCUACGAGAUCAUGAGGGAGCAGCCCAGCGUGGUGCUGAGUGCAGCCCACACAGUGGCCAUCCGCAUGUCUCCUUUCGUCAGGCAGAUGGACUUUGCUAUUGACUGGAUGGCCGUAGAAGCUGGCAGGGCACUCUACAGACAGGACGACCAGUCAGACUGCACCUACAUCGUUCUGAAUGGACGUCUGCGUUCAGUCAUCCGCAAGACAAAUGGCAAGAAAGAACUAGUGGGGGAAUACGGCAGAGGCGACCUCAUCGGAGUGGUGGAGGCAUUGACCAGACAGCCAAGAGCCACCACUGUCCAUGCUGUGAGAGACACAGAGCUGGUCAAACUGCCCGAGGGAACACUGAACAACAUCAAAAGACGGUAUCCACAGGUCGUGACAAGAUUGAUUCACUUAUUAGGCCAGAAGAUUCUGGGGAACCUGCAGCAGGGUCGCGGGCCAUUCUCAGGCUCAGCCCUGAGUUUGCCCAGUAUGACGACUAGUGCAGACGUAACCAACCCUGCCAGCAACCUCUCCACUGUGGCUGUGCUGCCUGUUUGUGAUGAGGUGCCCAUCAAUGCAUUCAACCUGGAGCUCAGCCAUGCCCUCAGUGCCAUUGGGCCCACUCUGCUAUUAACCAGUGAAAUAAUCAGAGAGCGUUUGGGUGCUUCUGCUUUGGACAGUAUCCAUGAGUACCGUCUGUCCGGCUGGCUGGCCCAGCAGGAGGACAUCAAUCGGAUUGUCCUGUACCAGACUGACAACAGCAUGACUCCGUGGACUCAGCGCUGCAUCCGUCAGGCUGAUUGCAUCCUCAUCGUCGGCCUGGGUGACCAGGAACCUACCCUGGGAGAGUUGGAGCAGAUGCUGGAGAACACAGCAGUCCGUGCUCUGAAGCAGCUGAUCCUCCUGCAUAGAGAGGAUGGGCCGGGACCCUCGAGGACGGUUGAGUGGCUCAACAUGCGUAGCUGGUGCUCCGGGCAUCUUCACCUCAAUUGCCCUCGCAGGGUCUUCUCCAGACGCAGCCCCAGCAAACUGAGGGACGUAUAUGAGAAGGUGUUUGAGAAAACAGCAGACAGACACAGUGAUUUUUCUCGGCUGGCCAGAGUCCUGACUGGAAACAGCAUCGCCCUGGUGCUGGGAGGAGGUGGAGCAAGAGGUUGCUCUCAUGUAGGUGUGAUCAAAGCUAUGGAGGAAGCGGGGAUUCCUAUCGACAUAGUGGGUGGGACCUCGAUUGGAUCAUUCAUCGGUGCGCUGUACGCUGAGGAGAGGAGUGCCGUCAGAACCAAGCAGAGAGCUCGAGAGUGGUCCAAGGCAAUGAAUUCUGUUUUUAAAACUGUCCUGGACCUGACCUAUCCCAUCACCUCAAUGUUCUCUGGUUCUGCCUUCAACACCAGCAUCUAUAAAGUGUUCCAGGACAAGCAAGCUGAGGACCUGUGGCUGCCGUACUUCAACGUCACCACUGACAUCACUGCAUCAGCCAUGCGUGUUCAUCAGGAUGGUUGCGUCUGGCGCUAUGUUAGAGCCAGCGCCUCCUACACCCCCUAUUUACCUCCCCUGUGCGACCCCAAGGAUGGCCACUUGCUUGUGGAUGGUUGCUAUGUUAACAAUGUCCCAGGCUCUCUGUGGCGCUAUGUGCGGGCGAGCAUGACCCUCUCAGGGUACCUGCCGCCUCUCUGCGACCCCAAAGAUGGCAACUUGCUAAUGGACGGUGGCUACAUCAACAACCUGCCAGCCGACAUUGCAAGGAACAUGGGCGCCAGAACAGUCAUUGCCAUCGACGUGGGAAGCCAAGAUGAGACUGACCUCUGUAACUACGGCGACUCCCUGUCUGGCUGGUGGUUGCUGUGGAAACGGAUUAAUCCCUGGGCAGAGAAAGUAAAGGUGCCCGACAUGGCAGAGAUCCAGUCGCGGCUGGCUUACGUGUCUUGUGUGCGGCAGUUAGAGGUGGUGAAGAAGAGUGCAUACUGCGAGUACAUCAGACCGCCCAUCGACCGCUUCAAGACCAUGGACUUCGGAAAGUUUGACGAAAUCUAUGAUGUUGGCUUCCAGCACGGCAUGUUGGUGUUCACCGGCUGGGCCCGAGGUGACAUCAUCAAGAACAUGCUGAAGGACCACCGCUCAGCUGACUACAAUAACAGCAAGAGAACUGACUCCUGCACGUGUCCAGGAGCUGACUUCACUGACCUCGCAGAGAUUGUGUCCAGGAUAGAGCCGGUCCAAAGCUAUGUCGCUGCAGAAGCGGAGGAGUCGGACUGUCUGACGGAGUACGAGGAAGACGGGAUGGACACGGUGAGAGAGGAGGAGGGGGAGGAAGAGGAGGAGGAGGAGGGAGAGGAUCCAGACGACCACUCCCCUGGAGAGUGGGGACAGAAUGGAGUCUUCCAGACUGAUGAGGAGAAAUCUGUGAGGCAACGCAGGAAACUCGCCAGUGACUCCAACACCUCUGAAGUGUCAGACUGCUGACAGAGGAUCGCUGAGAAGUGGACGGAGUUUGACCAUGAACAAGGGACAAAUCACGGGUCCAUGAAUUGUCAAGGCCACAGACGUUGCUCCUACAACUUUCGACUUUCUGAAUCUCCCGUUUGUGUUUUUCGGGAGAGAAUCCCAGUUGAUCCACUUCACUGCUUCAUCUUGUCGUAUUCUGACCACGUGGGAAAUGAUCACCUGUGGCCUCAGAAAAAAAAGAAGGAUCAUCGAGGGUUUAUGCCACUCUUAUCACUUCUACAUUAAUCUGACCUAUUGCCAGGAUCCCAGCCUGCCAAAACAUGCACUCCCACAGCAACCGACACAACAAGACAUGCGCUCUUUAAACUUCAAGUUCCUCCUUCAAAUCUCCUCCACAUUUCAUUUGCAUCUCCGAAUCUUUGUGUUGGUUUCUGUACAGUACCUACAGCUUUGUUGACGAUUUGAUGUACAAGCGCGCGUUUUUGUUUAUUGCCUGCGAGUUAGAAUGGCUAUCUGGUACAUGAGCAAAGCUUGAAAUAGUCGCAGGACACUGGAAAGAAGAAAUACAUACAGUAGAACUGUAGUUAGUAGGUUGGGUAAGUUGAGCAUAAAUGUGAAAUAGGCAGUCAAGCAGGGGAUGAUCAGCCGUGGACUCAGAAGAAUUCUGAGAUUUAGAAUACAGUCUGGAUCCCCUCCAAUGGGAAGUGAUUUUCUUUUGUAAACAAUCAAGGCUGGCUGGCUCGCGUCGCUCAACUGACGCCACGUGAUUCGUCAUAGUCCGCUGGUAACGCCUCUUGGAAAUCCAAAAUGAACCGAGAGGUCCCCGACUAAUACGCAUUUGAAUAUUGGUCUGGCUACGUCAGGCUAGAGGAAGCUGUAGGAGGAACCAAAGUGGAGUUUGCCUUUCAAUGAAAAGAGGCUGGACAAAUGUUAGAAGCAGGACAAGUGUGGAUUAGUAUUUAAAAAAGAAAGAUGUUUUAUUUGCUGUUGAAAGUUUUGAGAAGUGUGUUUAUGAAAAUAAAGAGACAAAGGGUGUGUAGGUUAGAAAAGAGAUGGACAAGUGAGCCAAGUGCUAUUGUAAUUUAUUCAGUUUAAAAUGAACGCACAGCAACAGUAGAGUGGAGAAGAAAUGACGUGUCAUUGAACUGAGGGAUGACUGAGACGAUUCAAGUGAGUGUGUGGACACGGUGUCCUGUGCACUUGAGAUUUUGUGCUUCAGCUGUUUAGUUUGAGAUGAAGACGAUGCCUUUUGAACCGGUGUUCGAUCCACUGGCAGCGACGUGACUGUGGAGACGAGAGCGAUCAUUUGACGGACCUGUGUGUGCCCGCCUCCGCUUGCACAAGGUCACACCGACAAUAGUCGGGAGUUCCUGCGUACAACAUGACAUCUAUGACAAAAAAAGGACUGACUGUACAGAUAUGGAAACAUGGACACGCAGAGUCCUUGAGUAACUCGAGUAACGGAUGGACUGAAAUUCACUCCAUGUAUUUAUAAGCGCUUGAUUGAUAGGGACCUAAUGUAGAAAUUGUAACAAGAUUAUAUUAUAAUAUACACUGUUGAUAUUCAUAUAUGUAUAUGAGGUGGAAAUUUGUAAAUUGAGGCUUUGCUGCAGGACAAAGGAACCACCACCUAAACAAAAAAAGGGGUUUCCUUUCUGAAAAUCCAUUCUGUUUUAAUGGAUGGUUACCAGAUUAGCUUUUAGUUUUUUAUUUUAUUUAUAAAUGUUAACUACUGGCUUUUAAAAGAUGAUGAUUUUAUUUUCUCUUCUUAAAUUCUGGGGAGGGAGCGGUUUUAUUUCACUUAACCUGGCUUUAGCUGUUUUGCACUGAAACAUUUGAAUUAUUCCUUGCUCAGAAGAUGUUUGGUUUAGUAAUUGCCAUCCACCUUGAUAUGCCAAGGGAAACUGAAUGAAAGAGAUGCUAAUGAAUCAUGCAUAUUGGAAAAAUAAAUGUGAUGUGCAUCAUG